AUGUGGAGGUGUGAGAGUGUUUUUAAAUUGCGAGUAAGUGCACCAAAGGCCUGGCUCAACGCUGCUGGCACACAUUCGAGGGUGGCUCUGCCGCUCCCCCGGCUCCCGGCAGCGACGGUCCCCGCAGGCAGAAGACACCCCGAAGGCCGGCGCCCGCCUCAUCAGCCCCUCGCCCUCAGCGCCCACCCGCCUGCGCCUCAAGCCGCUCCCGCGCGCCGACCUGGUCCCGCCACCGCGCCUGCGCCGGCGGUAGGGGUGCGCAGGAGCAACAGCUCACGGGCUCCCGAGGCUGAGCGGGCACCGCCUUCAAGCAUGCGCCCGUGCGCCGGCCGCUCCUGUCCUUCCCCGGGGGGCUGGUGGCCGCAGAGUGGCAGUGGUGGUGCGCAGGCACCGCGGAGCAGCUGCGGGCCGCACUCACUCCCCAGUGACACCGAUCCUCAGAAAUGCUGUGCUGCCUGUCAGCGAGCAGCGGGGACGGCGGCUGCGGCCGGUCACUUCUUUUGUUACCAAGGCGCAGGGAGGCAGGAGACACGCCCCGUCGCAGCGGGCUCGCGGGAGGGGGUGGCGGCUGUGCUGCGGGGUAGCCCCGGGGGAGGGCGGCGAGUAAACAGGUUGCUACCGCGCGUGCAGUGAGUGCAGAACGCCACGCCGCAGAUGCGC